GACGAUGCACGAUCUUCCCUCCAAAAUUUCUCUUCAAUGGCUUCCGGAUCGAAAUGCAACAAGGUUUGGAACGCCGGAGGAUCGUCGGAGAACGGCGCCGAUUCCAGAGGCGUCGGCGGAGGAAACACCCCCUUCGAGCACUCCGGCUGGGUGUAUCAUCUCGGGGUGAAUUCAAUCGGCCACGAGUAUUUCCGCCACCGGUUCCUCGUCGUCCGCGGCAUGUUCGUCCAAAUGUAUAAGCGCGAUCCCCGUGAAAAUCCGCGCGCUAAGCCCGUUAGGAGGGGUAUUAUUGGGAACUCAUUUGUGGUGGAGGGAUUAGGACGCAAAAGAGUUAAUCAUGGGGAUGUUUAUGUAGUGAGGUUUUACAACCGCUCGGAUGAGACAAAAAAGGGUGAAAUUGCUUGUGCUACUGCUGCAGAGGCUGAAAAAUGGAUGGAAGCCUUUGAUCUUGCAAGGCAACAGGUGGAGGCUUGGAUUUCAAGUGGUGAUGCUGCAGUCCAUAAGCUGCAUGCCGAAAACGAGAUUAACCGUGAAGGACAUCGACCUAGGGUGCGGCGGUAUGCAAAUGGAUUGAAAGAGCUAAUAAAAAGAGGGCAGGGGACGGAAAAGCUUUUACGGCUAUCAUCAACCUUAUGCGCUGACAGCACAUCAGAGCUAUACUAUGAAGCACAUGGCGGGGAUACAACCGAAGGCCGUGAAUGGAAAUGCAUCCGCACGAUUAAUGGUGUUCGAAUAUUUGAAGAUGUGGCAGAAGCAAAGAGUUGUAAAGUUGUUCUUGUCAAGGCUGUUGGUGUUGUUGAAGCAAGUGCAAACACUAUUUUUGAUAUUGUGCUAAAUCUUGAUCGACACCAAAGAUAUGAGUGGGAUACAUUGACAGGUGACCUGGAGCUGGUUGCUUCCUUGAAUGGGCAUUAUGAUGUUGUUUAUGGGACAUUUGAGCCAAGACACCUGACUUGGUGGCACUCUAAGAGAGAUUUUGUCUUCUCCCGGCAAUGGUGUCUUGGGCAAGAUGGAACAUACACAAUCUUGCAGUUUCCAGCUGUUCAUAAGAAUCGCGCUCCAAAAUCUGGUUAUCGUCGUACAAAAAUAAAUGCUUCAUCAUGGGAGAUUAGGAAUAUAAGCACAUCAUCCAGUUCUGCAAAAUGUCUUGUGACACUAAUGGUGGAGAUUCGCUCUAAAAACUGGCUCAAAUGGAAGAAGAAUGAUUUCUCUGAAUUUGAGAAGACUAUUCCGUUUGGACUGCUAAGUCAAGUGGCAGGUCUAAAAGAAUAUAUUGGAGCAAACCCGACACGCCCUUUCAAGUCAUCUGGUGUAAGCUUUAAUUCAAAAAAAUCAGAUGUUCUUGUACAGAAUGAUGAACUUGAGGGUGCAGACGGGGUGGAUAUGUUUUACGAUGCAAUUGCAUCUGACUCGUCAUCAUCUGACGAUGACAGUGAUGAUGAAGUAGAACCCAUGAAUGAGGAUAAAACUUUUAAACCAAAGAAGGUUUCAUGGGCAACUGCAAGAUUGGCACUGAAUCGAGCUUCAGAUAUUGGCAAGAAGUUCAAAACAAAUUCACCUGCUACAUCUCUCAGCCCAAGUUAUUUCCAUGGUACCAUGAAGCAAGGGAAUGAUGAAAAUGACAUUAGCUGCUGGAGUUCUCCGGGGGAAUUGGGAUUCAUGAUCAGAGGGAAGUCAUACCUAAUCGAUAAUAGAAAGGUUAAGGGUGGAGAUCCAUUGCUCAGUCUCGUUGCAGUUGAUUGGUACAAGGCGGAUAAUUGUAUCACAAAGUUUGCAUUGCACCCCAAGUGUCUUGUUCAGUCUGAAGCGGGGAAAAAAGUUCCAUUCAUCCUUGUCAUUAACCUUAUGGUUCCAGCUAAACCAAAUUACAGCCUGGUUCUUUAUUUUGCCACCAAUGAGCCUAUCAUUGAAGAUUCAUUGUUAAGAAAAUUCAUUGAUGGAACCGACAUGUUCCGUGAUUCAAGAUUCAAACUGAUACCAAGCAUCAUUGAGGGACACUGGAUGGUAAAGCGUGCAGUUGGAACUAAAGCAUGCCUAUUAGGAAAAGCGGUAGCAUGCUCGUACCUGUGUCAAGACAAUUUUCUGGAGAUUGACGUGGACAUUGGAUCAUCCUCUGUUGCAAGGAGCGUCAUGGGACUUGUACUUGGAUAUGCAUCUAGCCUUGUGGUCGAUCUCGCAAUUCUACUAGAGGCAAAAGAAGAAUCAGAACUCCCGGAACAAAUUCUGGGAACGGUUAGGCUCAAUCGUGUGACAGCGGAUUCCGCGGUCCAGUUGGAUGUUUAAAGUUCAUUUGCACAAUUUACAUCUCCAGGUCAGCCAUUUGUGUAUCAUCCAAGGCACUGCUAUAUAGUGAAUUUGAGCCUUUUCUUUUUAGUAGUAGAAUUUUUGCACUUGUAAAUAAUUUUUGUAGAGUCUGCACUGUAUUUAUAUGCACAUUAAUGUAACUCCCAACUUUUAAAACAAGAUAGCUGACCUUUUGCUAUACUUUUACUUUGCUGGGAGAAACUUUUUUUGAUAUCCACAAAAGAAGAAAAAAAAAAGGAAAUGAAUAUGUACAGUUGACACUGUACUUGGGUUCUCAAGUUUAUAGUCUGCUUAAGGGUUUGUUAUCCACUAAAGGGUUUUGCUUUUA